UGCAUCUUAUUUACUGCUUGCAUCGCAUUAUAUUUCACAAACAUGGCAGUACAACCUAACCAACAGUUUAGUAUGGAUCCUCCUACACAACAAAGUUUUGUCAGAUUUUUUAAAAGUCUGCCAGAGAAACUUAACACAACGAUACGACUCUUCAAUAGAUCAGACUAUUAUACAGUGCAUGGAAGUGACGCUCUGUUUGCUGCACAGCAAAUAUUUAAAACAACAUCUGUUUGCAAAAUGAUCGGAGCUGAGCCGAAUAAAACGGAAGGUGUUAUUCUCAAUAAAGGCCAUUUCGAGACAUUUGUACGCGAUUUGUUGUUAGUAAAGCAGUACAGAGUUGAAGUUUAUGUUAAUCAAGGCUCCGCGAAAAAUCAAAACUGGAUCUUAGAGUACAAAGGUUCACCCGGCAAUCUAUCUCAUUUCGAAGAUAUCUUAUUCGGCAAUAAUGACAUAGCCGUGGGCGUAUCCGUAAUAGCUGUGAGAUUGGGUACAGAAGGAAAGUCCAGAGUCGUCGGUUUAAGUUGCAUCGACGUCGUUUCAACUUUAAUUUCAGUCACUGAAUUUCAAGACACCGAGUCAUUUUCGAAUCUAGAGUCACUCGUUGUAACUCUCGCUCCAAAGGAAUGCUUAUUGAUUCAAGGAGAAGGCAGUUAUGAAUUUCAAACUCUUAAACAGCUGAUAGAAAGAAGCAACGUGAUGGUAACUUUAAGAAAGAAAAGUGAAUUUUCCAGCGAUUCGAUCGUAGAUGAUUUAAACACGUUGAUAAAAUUUAAGAAAGGGCAGAAACAAAAUGCGCAGUCAAUACCAGAAAUUAACUUAAAUCUGGCUAUGUCUGCUACAUCUGCUCUCAUUAAAUAUUUAGAUUUAACAUCGGAUGAAGGUCAUAUGAAUCAAUUUACCAUAAAUCAAGUGGAACAAUCGCGAUACAUAAGACUGGAUUCUGCCGCGAUAAAAGCUCUCAACAUUGAGCCACACGUCGAUGCAGGUUCUAAUUUACAUGGAAAUCCUGUUGCUAGCAUCUUGACAUUGCUAGACAAAUGUAGAACCGCACAAGGACACAGACUGAUUGCACAGUGGGUUCGACAGCCUCUUAGAGAUUUAUCUUUGAUAAAAGAGCGGCAUGAUGUUGUUGAACUAUUGGUAAAAAAUAACGAAUUAAGAUCUAUUCUCAGUGACGAUUAUUUAAAACGUAUACCGGAUUUGCAACAGCUGGCGAAGAAAUUGGCUAGAAAGAAAUCAGCAUUGCAAGACUGUUACAAAAUCUAUUUGUGUAUAUCGUACUUGCCAAAAUUGCUGGAACAACUUUUACCAGAAGCAAAUGUGACAGCAUUGAAAGCAAUGAUCAUAGAUCCAUUGAGAGAACUUGUCGAAGAUAUGGACAAGUUUCAACAGCUGGUGGAGCAAACAAUCGAUUUGGAUGCUGCCGAAAAAGGAGAUUUCAUGGUUAAUCCAGGAUUUGCAGACGAUUUUAAAACGCUAAAAGAUGCGAUGGAUGAAAUGGAAGAAAGGAUACAACAAUUACUCGGUAAAGCGGCGGAUGAUCUUUGCUUGGAAGCAGGAAAAACAAUAAAGUUGGAAUGUAAUCAACAGUUGGGCUACUAUCUUCGCAUUACAUUGAAAGAAGAGAAGAUACUUCGGAAUAAAAAACAUUACACCAUUUUGGAUUCUAAUAAAACUGGUGUAAGAUUCCGAAACAGCAAAUUAAGCGAAUUGAAUGACGAUUUUAUAUCUGCUAGAAAUAAAUACUUGGAAAGACAAAAGGAUGUUAUUGCAGAAAUUGUGGGAAUUGCAGCUGGUUAUAGCGAAACGGUGCGUGCUAUCGGUGGUGUGCUUGCGUGUCUCGAUGUUCUCACUGCGUUCGCUUCUGCAGCAAUAAGUGCUAAUAAAGUGUACGUGCGUCCCGAAAUGGUCCCGAGUGAAAAAGGUGAAUUGAAUCUCAUUCAAGUUAGACACCCGUGUUUGGAAAUGCAACAAGGAAUAGACUAUAUUGCCAAUGAUGUCACUUUUAAGCGAGAUAAAUGUCAUUUUUGCAUUAUUACUGGUCCAAACAUGGGAGGUAAAAGUACUUACAUUAGAUCUGUUGGUGUAACUGCACUGAUGGCUCAUAUCGGCAGUUUUGUUCCUUGUGAUAAAGCAACUAUAUCAUUACUGGAUUGUAUAUUGGCUCGAGUGGGAGCGGAUGAUUCUCAGUUGAAAGGAUUGUCGACUUUUAUGAUGGAAAUGAUAGAAACUGCAGCUAUUUUGAAAACAGCAACGUGUAAUUCUCUUGUAAUUAUUGAUGAAUUGGGCAGAGGAACAUCAACUUACGAGGGUUGUGGCAUUGCAUGGUCAAUAGCAGAACAUUUGGCGAGAGAUAUUAAAUCGUACUGUCUGUUUGCUACACAUUUCCAUGAGAUCACCAAACUAGCCGAAGAAAUAUCUACUGUAAAAAAUCAGCAUGUUACCGCUCUUGUCGAAGAUAAUAAAUUGACGUUGCUUUAUCAAGUAAAGCCAGGAAUUUGCGAUCAAAGUUUCGGCCUUCAUGUUGCCAAAAUGGCUAAUUUCCCGCAAAAUGUAAUAGAGUUCGCUAAAAGAAAACAAGCAGAACUUGAGGACUAUCAAAGUGUAGUUUUUGAAGGAUCUGACAAUCCCCAGAAGAAGCGAAAGAUUAUUCAGGAAGCUGAAACACUUAUCUCACAAUUCCUCAUGAAAUGUAAAACUUUGGAUCAAUCUUUAUCUGAUGCCGAUCUGGAAAACCAAAUAUCGUCAUUGAGGGAAGAUGUUCUCUCUCAUAAAAAUCCUUAUAUCGAAGCAUUGCUCACCGCUUCUUCUUAAGAUGAAGAGAUUCGUAUGCCGUGUUAUAAAUAUGUAUUUUUAAAGAAAAAGGACCAAACAUAUGACAAGCAGUAUUAUUUUUAUACAUAUAUACAUGUUAAAUAAGCCAAGGUACUGUUGAUAAUUUUCAUUAAAUCAGUUUUGUGUAAAUGUGCAUUACAUCUAUAUUUAUCAUAUGCAUUAUAUUUAAUAAUUACUAAUUUGGCUAAUAAAAAAA